AUGUCGAGAGCGGCCGAACAUGAGCCCGCCCCUGCUGCCGAAGCUAAAUUCAAAUACGGCCGGAUUACGAGAAGACGCAGAAAGGGGGGGGGAGAGCAAACGGAGGGGCUCUAUGACAGUGACGUAGGGCCCGCGUACUUACGGAAGGGUUUGAACUGUGUUCACACCGCUAGUCUACUCGCCGAUGUCCCAAUCCGAAAUCUGGGCCGUUAUUUGUAUACGGAAUCUGGGCCGUUGCGUAAGAACGAAAUCGAGGCCGUUGGUUUCAGUUCAUGGUCUCUGCAACAGCACUUCGUCAAUGCGAGCCUCGGACCGAAUCCACAGAAACGAUUUCGCUGCACGUCGAUUUCGAGGAAGUCGAAAAUUCUUCAGCCUGUUUCGAUGAUUCGAUUGGAGCUUAAUGUGUGGUUCAGGGUUUCAGGAGCCUUUGCGAAAGAGAGACGAUCAAGGGACGUGAAAAGGUUGAUGAAACGCAUGUAAAAGCUUGUAAAACAACAUGUGCGGCCACAUUCUUGGAAGUUCUUGUGAUCUGUCUUCUCAUCAGAACUCCAGUUGGUUGAUCUUGAGUAGGAGCAAGCCCUGUAAUCUAUCCAACUGGGAUAGAUAGGAAGUGAUUGUUUCACACAGUUACUAAGCAGAAGGUUAGAACGUAUGAACUAAAUGAAGUUCUUGACGUAAUUGUCUCUCCUACUCUUAGAUCACAAGAAUGCCAAGCUUUGAAGUUUCUAGUGAUGCAGGAAACUGUGAUAGUACACCACUUUCUUGUCUUUGAUUUGAUAUUGAUGAAGAUUUUCCGGUAUACAAUUGCUGACCUGUUGUUUGGUUUAGAAAAUGAGAGAAUAAAGAAGGCUAACAAGAUGAACAAUCUUUUUCCCAGUUUUACUGGAGGUUGGGGUGUAUUCAGAGUUAAUAUUCCUACAUUUGCAAAUCUUCCUUCGGUUCUGCAAAAGAGUUGCUGUGUUCUGGUUCUUUACAAAUGAAGGGAUAUAAUCGGGCCUCUGUAAAGCAUUAGAAAUUGAGGGACGGUGGCCGUUAGACUUGCUAUUAAACAGUUGCAAAGGGACGGACAACAUCCAAGUGAGAUGUGAACUCUUCUAUCCAAUAAGACUUCUACAGAAGCUGUCAUUUUGGAACAGUAAGAAGGGGGAAGAACAACUGGAUCAAAGUAAGGCGGUCGUCAACAUCGGCAUGACAAUUGCGCAAGGAUCUCACCCACAAUCACUCGAAAGGAACGUGAAUUACGAUUGGAAAGGAUAUGCUGCCAAACACAUUAUCUACCCAAGGGAUCAAGGACGCGGAGCUCAAGGACAACGACUCCUCUCCUCGCAUUCAGGUAAGUUCCUAGCGCAGAGGUCAACAAUCCGUGCAUCAAUUCAUAUCAAGAUUGAAUGGGUCGAAAUCCCUUUCAAACCAUCACAUGAAUAGCAGCUUCUCAAGAGUUGAGUAACAACGGGUCUCAAGCUAUGAAAAGAGCUACACUCCUUCCGGAAGCUGAGAAGUGUGGACCAAGUAUUUCCAAUGACCAAAUGGACAACAAAGUCCUGCCUGGACGUCUGCAAUAUUCGCUGAAGAUCAGUGGAUUCGUGCGUGUUAAGACUUAUGUAAUCUCACACCACAGCAAUAAAAACUGUAAAUGUUCUCCUGA